AUGGAUUGCUCUUUCUUUUUCAAGCUCCUUUGUUUCUUCCUACUUUUAGUUGGCAUGUCAGCAGCUGUUGUUGCGGAUGAUCGUAGGACAUACAUCAUCCACGUGGACAAAUCAGCUAUGCCUUCUCCUUUCCCAGAUCAUCAUAGUUGGUAUAUGUCAACUCUCUCAUCCCUGUCUUCGCCGAAUGGUGUUCUUCCAACGCAUCUUUAUACCUACAACCAUGUCUUGGAUGGCUUUAGUGCAGUGCUGUUGAAUCCUUCUUCUCCAUGCGUUGCUGUAACACAGAUCCUUUGGAGGCCUAGAGGCUUGUUGGUUGAUCAAUUUGACUCUAAAGAAGACCUCAUCAAUGCAGUCUUUACUUCAUCCUUUAUUCCGGGAUAUCUUGCACCAAGACCAGCAACAAUGUUCAGUAAUCGACUUUGCAUUGAUGGGGGUUUGACAUUGUUUAUGCCACCCACGUCUGCUACUCAGACGAUUCGUGUUUGUGCCUUCCCAGCCAGUCGAUUGGGAUUGCAAGGAAUUGGAAUUAGUCCCGACUGCAACCCUGAAAGUCGGGCUACUCCCAGAGAGGUGGUGGCAAAAAAGUUGUUACAAUGUUGCAAUGGAUGGGAGGAUCAAGGCGGAAAGUGACAACUGCAAAAGCAAUAUUUUGGGCAAAGAAAAUGGCAACAACAGCAGCAGACAACUGGGCUUGACAGCUUUUCUGAUGGAAUGAAUACAUGUAGUCAGCAUCAAAAUAAUAAUCAAUCACUGGACAUUUUUUGUUUGUGGAACUUAUCAACAGUUGUUCAAAAUUGCAAGUCAAGCUGCCGCAGUGGUAAGACGGACUAAAAUUUGAGUCUCUUUUAUAGAAGUUACUUGCUUCAUAUUUCUCUCUAUAUCUCUUUCUUGUUUGGUGGUUGAGAUAUAAUUUAUGAUGCUGUUUCGUAUAAUGGGUUACUUAAUUGAAUCAGAUAUAAUGUUGCUUCAUUUAGUUCUUCGCUUCCCAUAAGCGAGGUGGACUGAAACUUCCAUGUUGUUAUAAAUAUGGGGUUUGAUAUAGAUACGAUUUCCAACAAACUAUUUUAAGUGAAAAGCAUGUUCACAAUCUAGAGAUAAAUUGCAGGUAAAGAUGAACUCUGAGAAAGUACUUGGUCAGACAUCAAGGUUGAUUAUGGGUGUGGCGCUAAUACACAAGUGAGAUGUAGAAUCAUGAUAGUUGAAAAAAGUGGUGUAACUUAUAAGAGGGAGAUGGCUAUAUACAAAAUGAUUAAUGAAGGGGCCAAAUGAGAAUUAUGAACGUACUGAAUACAACGACAACAUGCGGAAUCAAAGGCACACCCGUACAUGACCGUCGAUGACCGAUCCGAAAUCAAAUAGACAAAUCCAUCCGUACAAGACCGUCGAUGGACCCACCCGUACAAGACCGUCGGUGGUUAAGAAGAUUUCUCAAACAAAGGUGCUAUAUAGGCUUAAAGCCCCCUAACACGAAAGGACCUUUCAAGAAUGUCAUCAAAACAAAGAUAAUACUUGAUACAAAACUAAGGGAUAAUCAUUCAUGUUUGAUCAAAUACAUUUCCAAAGCAAAACGAAGCAGAGUUUUUAUCAAAACAUUGUAACAUAGCUUUAUUAAAAAUACCAUUCACAAUAGCUCUUCGGGUGUAGGGAUCAAGGCAAGAAUCCAAGUCCUACAACACAUAAUAAAUAACAUAGAAUGCAUUUCAGGAAGGCAAGAAUGCUCAAAGAUGUUCAUGCAAAUGCAUUUGCAAAACAAGUCUUUCAUGAGAGACAAAGACCUCGGCAAUUCUUUCCAAGACUAAGUCAAGACAAUACACUGUUUUUUUCUUCUCGGGAAAGCAUGCUGGGUACAAAUCAGGUCUUGGCCGAGGUUCCACUCCUCUUGCCGAGGUGUGGUCUCCUAGGCUUAGGUGCAAGUGAUCAUGUAAGGUAGGCCGAGGUGAGAGACGAUGCUCGGCCUAGGUGUGAGGUCUCGGCAAGAAUGGUCUCGGCGACCACACUUAGGAAAAGUGAAAUCUGGAAAAUUUGGGUUUCCUUGAAGAAUAUGAACAUGAAGAACAUGAAUGCUAAAAUCAUAACUUUUAUUUCCAAAUUUGAGGUUUCAGGAUAUGAGUUCGAAAACAUGGACCUGAGUACCCAUAUUUGAAGAUUUUCAUGAAAACAAACACAAAAACAUGAAACUUGGUACAAACUUUUAGAUCAAAACAUGGGUUUCUUUCAAGAACACAAGAAUAUCAUUUUCUCUUUCUAAAACAAGACUUUAAAUCAAUGCAUGGCUCAUGAAUCAUGCUAGAUCAUGCAAUGCGAUCAGAUGAACAUAAAGAACAACAAGAGUAGAUCACGAAUCUAACCUCAAAACGUGAAUCAAACGACUCAAACUCUAACAAUCAAGCUCGGAAUCUAGCUCCUCUCUGAGAACUUCUUCUCCUUCCCUAGAGCUUCUCUCUUUACAAGACAAAGAUCUCUCUAAAAGAUAUGGGUUCUGCCACUGUUAGCUGGUUAAAGCACUCUAGGUAGUCAGACAAAGUGCCGAAUGACAAGACAAGAGUAUGACAAAGUGUGUACAACAAGUAAAGUAGCAUAGGUAGUCGAACAAGACAAAGAUUCUGGGUCAAGACAUCGGCUUUGGCAACAAGGCUUCUAUGAUCUCGGCUAGGGGGAAUAACUAUUGACUUAGCUGUGCCACACCUUGGCCUAGAUGUGCCACACCUCGGCCUAGGUCACACCGGCCCCGGAACAAGACCCCUAGAUAUCGGGUAAGGUUGCAAAGUUCAAGGAUGAAACAUCUCGGCCUAGAUGAUACACAUUUCGGCCUAAGUGAUGCACACCUCGGCCUUGAUGGAUAUCUCGGCCAAUAUGCCAGGGUGAAGGUGGAGGUCAACUAAAGGGGUUCCAAGAUGAUCCUAGGUGUAAGGGUUCAAAGGCGUAACCUCGGCUAGAGACAGCAAGGAUAGACAACCUUGGUUCAAUACACAAAGCAAGGAACGAAGCAUGCAUAUAACACUUAGGCAAAACAAAGCAAAGUUUAAGGAUGGAAAUUUUGAUCAAGGUAAAAUCAUGCAAAUGCUCAUGAACAUGGCUAGAACCGGACUGAGGAUUAUUACAGUCUAUUCUCCUUAAAGAAGUUUGGUCCCCAAACUUAAGUUACCUUGCUCUGAAAACAACUCCGGAUAUCGGACUUUCAUUUCCUCUUCCAUUUCCCAUGUGGCAUACUUACCAUAAUGCUCAUUCCAUUCAAUUUUCACCAUCGGUAUUGACUUAUUCCUCAACUGUUUCACUUGCCUUUUGACAAUUCGUAUCGGCUUCGCUUCGUAACCCAAAUCUUCAUUAACCACAAUCCCGAAAUGAUCGAUCACAUGCAACGGAUCCCGAAUAUAGUUCCUCAACAUCGAGACAUGAAACA